AUGACUCAGGCCAGAUUUCAAAUGCUAAUGCAAUAUUUUCAUUUAGCUGAUCCAGUAAAUGACCCACGGCGGGAUCCUGACAUUGAACGUCGUCGUCAACGAUCAGAGGCCGACCCGUUGUAUAAAAUCAACCCGUGGCUGAAACCCGUACUCGAAAAUAGUCGGCGAUACUAUCAGAUGGGACAGGAAAUUUUGAUUGAUGAGGGUAUGGUUAGAUUCAAAGGACGGUCCAAGUUUAAGCAGAGAUUGCCCCACAAACCCGACCGUGAUGGCUUCAAAAUAUGGCAGGUGUGCGACUCAACAACGUCUUACAUUGCAAACUUUGAACCGUAUUUGGGGGUGAAAUAUAAAACUACAAAUGAGGGAAGAAGGAAAGAAACUGGGACAAUCAAGAAGACAACACACCGGUUGCUACAGCCCUUCACAGAAAAAAACCAUAAUCUUUUCUGUGAUUCGCUUUUUACGUCGGUUAACACAGCCCUUGAAUUACAAGACAAGAAAGUGUACAUGGUCGGUAGUUUUAGCAGACGAAAUCGGAAAACCAUGCCACAGCAAUUAAUUCCUGAGGGGAAAAGCAAGAAGCUGAAAUUGAAAAUUGGUGAAAUGAAAGCAGCAACUAGACCGGACAACACUAUCAAUAUUACUGCAUACCAGGAUGACAGCGCACAAAUAUUGAUUUUAAAUACGGUCUAUCCCCCCACUGGCUACGUCGGCAGAAGCAGUAGAUGA